AUGUUCUCUCCAAAUAGAACACUCUACUCUCUAUCGAUCACUCACAAGUUGUUGUCUUCACACAUGAGGUACGCCCACGCAGCCAGGGCGUCCAGUUCGGAUGGAGAAUUCAGUCAAGCUGGGAGUUCCCGAAUGGGUGAAUAUAGGUUUCCGAUAAAAGGAAGAAAUGGUGGACCUCCGGAUCCUUAUGAGGUUUUAGGAUUGGGCAGGGGUGCAGAUGAGGGAGAAGUGAAAAGACGAUACUACACCUUGGCUCGUCUAAUCCAUCCAGACUCUUUUCACCCUUCUUCUUCCACUGAACAUUUCGCAACCCUUCACAGAGCUUACACUCUUCUUUCCAAUCCAUCCACUCGGAAUAUAUACCUUCAAACAGGAUACGGUUGGUCUCAUUCUUCUCAUCAACCCACCGAAUCUUGGUCAGACGCUCAGAUGAGAGCAGAAAUACGAAGGAGAAAACAUGCCGGUACGGCAGCAUGGGGUCAUCAUCAACAUCGACAUCAACAUCAACAUUAUCCACAUGGAGGUCAUUAUCAUGAAUGGGAUGGGGGAUGGUAUACACCUGAAAGAGGUGAAGGGGAGGAAAGGUUUAUGAGUAAUGGAAAGUUUUUAGCUUUGACAGCUGGUGUGAGCGUAAUACUAGCUUGGCUUCAAUAUCAUCGUUUUGGAGCUAUAGCGGAAACUCAUUCCCAACUUUCUAGACAACAACAUACGGAUGCUUCACAAGCAUUAGCAGAAGCUAGAAGAGAUGCCGCUUUGUAUGGUAAAGAAAGAAGAGAACAAAUACGACGUAGAGUUAGAGAAAGUGAAGUGAUUAAAGAGGUUGAAGAAUCUAGUUUGAAAUCUUUAUCUUCAUCUCCUUCAAUAUCAACAAAUUUGCCAUCUUCUUCUGAAAGAUGA